CUUCGCAGCCAACCAACCACUCGACCGGGUGGUCCACCUCCCACCCCAUCACACCACCACACCAACUCGGUCAAAUGCAUGGGCACGGGGCCAUGGCUCACUCACAGGGAUCCGGGUCAAUGGGGCGGGCACCCUCGGCCCUCGCUCCUCCACGCUCUCCACCUCGACCCCUCUUUCGUAUAAAACCAACCACUCCUCCCCCGCUCCUCCCCGGCUCCUUGCCUUUGUUCUGUUCUCCAUUCGCGAAAGGCUCGCAGCAAAACCACGCCAUCGAUCGCCGCCACCAGUCCAGCAUCCUCCGAUCGACUACGUACUCCCACCCACUCCGGCAGCAGCGAGGCCUCUCUGUCUGUGCGCGGCGUGGCUGUCGUCGAUCUCUGCCUGGCGGGCGGCCGGCAUGGGGAGGUCCCCGUGCUGCGAGCAGGCGCACACCAACAAGGGCGCGUGGACCAAGGAGGAGGACCAGCGCCUCGUCGCCUACAUCAAGGCCCACGGCGAGGGCUGCUGGAGAUCGCUACCAAAAGCCGCAGGUCUGCUGCGCUGCGGGAAGAGCUGCCGGCUGCGGUGGAUCAACUACCUGCGCCCGGACCUCAAGCGCGGCAACUUCACCGAGGAGGAGGAUGACCUCAUCAUCAAGUUCCACGAGCUCUUCGGCAACAAGUGGUCGCUCAUCGCCGGGAGGCUGCCGGGCAGGACGGACAACGAGAUCAAGAACUACUGGAACACGCACAUCAAGCGCAAGCUCCUCGCCCGCGGCAUGGACCCGCAGACGCACCGCCCGCUCGCCAGCGCGACCGCGGGGCAGCAGCAUUACCAGCUGCAGGAGCCGCAGAAGCGAGCGGCCGGCGGCGGUCCAGCAGGCCAUCCGCACCAGGACCACUUGGAGGUCGUCGUCAUCUCGAACUCGCCGGACGAGGCCUACAGCCGUAGCAGCGACGACGAGCCGCGGUCCGCCACGCCGCCGCGGCGCCACCUCGACAUCGACCUCAACCUGUCCAUCAGCCUAGCGGCCUACCAGCCGCCGGAGGAAACCGGCAUCAUCAAGCAGCCACUGGUGAUGAAGCAGGAGCAGGAAACGGCGGCGGGCGGCACCAAUGCCGCGGCGGUGUGCCUGUGCCUCAACAGCCUCGGGUACCGGCCGGGCGUCGAGUGCGUCUGCGGCGACGGCAGCUCCUCCUCCUCCUCCUCGCACUCCCACUCCCACUCCCACCAAUGGGCUCUGAAUUUUUUACAGGCGGCGGCGCCCUGCUACAGAGGCCAAUAGUGUAGUAAGAGCGAUCAGUGACAUCAUUAAAAUGGGAGCGUUAUUACGAUCGAGACUGAGGGUGAGGGAGGGGGGCAGAGCUGAGCAGGGAUAGUAGUUAACUACAGCUAGUAGUAGUAGUAGUACGUAAAAGACACACAUGCUUAGGCUUUAACAAGUCUCUGAAACACGCAUCAUGGGUUAUGAGUUGUGCUCUCGUCUUGUCGUUUCAAUUCGGAGGACAAAGUGAUCAUGCUAUGCCCAUGCCUCCUCAACAAAUCAUGCUUUAGAGUAGUUUGAUCAUCGAUGAUCUUCUUCCAUCACCUAUAGCUAGAGCAGAUGUUCUCUUCUUGCGGCAAAAAAAAACCCCCCGCAUCAGUAGUCAUGUGCAUGCAUGGCUGAUAAUGGCCUGCCUUCUUCCUGCCUGAGAUGCUGAUGAAAAGCAAAGCGCAGUGACCACUUGGACGGUGCUUCGCUGGUGGCUAUGGACAAGCCAGGUUACUGGAUGUCUGCAGCCACACAUGACCCACUUGGACGCGCGCUGCUCACAGAAACAGAAAAGCUGGGUGCCGGUUUUUGGCUUGGAAAAAGCUUGUCUAGCUUGUAGAGCGAGGGAAGGGGAACUGGGCAUCGGAGCAUGAUGCAUGCGAAUGGGAUUGAUGAGAUGAGAGAUGCCCUUCCUUUCCUCUGGACUCUGUUGGUUGGUUAGGUACAGUAGGUAGGUAGGUACAAGGGGCGGAAGGGAUGUGAAUGCAAGGGAUGAAAAGUGCCACGGAGCAGCGGCAUGGAUUGGUUGGGGGCCGCUUUUGUUUGGUUUCUUAUUAUUAAUGGCCUACUUGUAACUGGUCGGAGCAUGAGCAUUUGAGUUGAGCAUGCAUGAUGGUGGUGGUUGGUAGUCUAUUGGCAGGUAGUGUCAGGAACUCACGACAAGAUCCAAGCAAGCUUUCAGGCUUUUAAUUUCGAGCAGAGUGGGGGCCAGCAAUGGUGAACUUCAGUUUAAGCACAGCACCAAACAGUGGUCUGGGCUAGAGUAGGGAAAAUUUUACCGCCGACACACGACCCGAUAAACCCGAUUUUCUAGUUUAUCGCUGGGCCCCAUCUAUUUUACCUAUCGACCAAAAA